AUGGCAUGGUAUACAAAUAAAUACAUGCACAGUGCUGAAGCCGAGGCAAGGCUCCUAGGGUUCAAUUAUGCCGUGGCUCCAAAUGAAUGGGAAGCCAAUAUGUUGGCGACAAAUGACAUCUUUGCUUGGAUUCUACGGAUGUGGAACAACAACCGUGGUGACGGAUUAUGGUAUAAACCACCCAUUGAUUUCGAGGAGAUGCUUUGGAAGGUCCAGAUAAAGUCAUGGGAUACUUUUGCUCACGCUUACUUUUAUGCGGCAUCCUAG